AUGGACAUGGAAAUGGCGGCGGACGCUGCGCCGUCAGCGGUAGCCGCGGCGCCAGCUCCGCCAACGUCUGCUGGGAGUCCCGGGAGCACCAAGCUCUCGGAACCCAGGCGGCGCAACCGGCCCGCGCUCUCGUGCAUCCAGUGCAGGACCCGCAAGAUCCGCUGCGAUCGCAACGAGCCGUGCGCCAGCUGCUUGAAGUCGAAGAUCGUCAAUUGCACCUACGAGGAAGCGCGCCGUCCGAAGCCGCGGCUGUGGAGGCUCUCUCCCGCGCUGGCUGGGCACCCCGACCGUUCCUCAACCGCAGCCGACGAACGGUCCGGCAGCUCGACUUUCGCCUUUAGGGACGUGUCGAUGUCGAUGCAGCACCCGCGGCCGGUUUCGAAUCCUUCGUCCGGUGCUGCGCCGUCCGGAAGGACCCCUGAACCCCUGUCAGCCGUUAGCCCGCGCUCGCUACCGCAUGCCCACCAUGCCGACCCCGGACUGGGGGCCGCGGGAGCCUCUGCUGCCCUGGCAGAGCGAGUCCGGCAGCUGGAACAACAGCUAGCCGACGCCCUCAGGCGCCCCGACUACGGCUCGCCGUCUUCGCGGUCGGGCCACACGACGUUAUCCCAGGACCUUGUUGGAGCCCAAUAUCGGCGGCUGUCCGGGGUGAGCCCGUUGCUGAACGGGGACAAACUUUUUCCCCUAAUCAUCAACACAGCCCAGCGUAUCGAAUCGGACAAGGUUCAUGCGCCGGACCUCUGCUUCCUCCUGCAGCAAUGCAGAGAUGUAGCCAAGAGCAUUAGAUCCGCGAGGACUCCCACAUCAGCCCCGUUCCACCUCGGCAAAGCCAUGCCUCCGCAGGACACCGCCCUGCGGCUAGUCGACGCAUACUUCAGGACGUUUGAGAGCGUCUACAGGAUUCUCCAUCGACCUACCUUCUGGCGGGGAUACCAGAAGUACUGGGAGAACCCUGACUAUGCCGACCCGGCAUUUCUAGUGCAGCUCCAACUCUGCAUGGCUAUCGGCACUUGCUUCCAAGACGACGCCUCGGCUCUCCGUCGCCUGGCUGCUCAGUGGAUUUACGAAGCCCAAGUCUGGCUCGUCUUGCCACACGACCGGUCGCGGAUCAACUUCGCCGGCUUGCAGACCAUGUGUCUCCUCCACCUGGCGCGAGAGACUUGUGGGAUGGGUGGUGAUCUCGCUUGGAUGGGCGCGGGGUACAUUUUGCGAACUGCCAUGUAUCUCGGUCUUCACCGCGACCCGGAUAACCUGCCGGACCUGCCCGUGUUCGCAGGAGAAAUGAGAAGGCGUUUGUGGGCCACCGUCCUAGAACUCACUCUACAAUCGAGUUUGGAUACCGGAGCGCCCCCUCUUCUGUCUCUAUCUGACUUCGACACGCGUCCGCCUUCUAAUUACGACGAUGAGCAGCUUGAAGAGAACGCCAAGCUCCCGUCAAUACCUAGGCCCCCUAGCUGCUUUACUCAGACCACCGUCCAGAUCGCUCUCCUUCGGUCUUUCCCCGUGCGGCUGGCCAUAGCCCAGUACGUCAACCACUUUGCUUCACCGGUUAGUUGGGAGGAGACGAUAAAGUGGAACAACGAGUUGAGGAAUGCAUACGGCGCCCUCUCCUCUAUUUUCCAGCCUUUCUACGACCCCGCAGGCAUCCUUCCCAAACGCCUCUCGUUAUUCCAGCUCCGGCUAGCUGAGCAUAUGGUGCACCGCUUCUUCUUGGCGCUGAACCACCCGUGGCUGUGGGCAGCGCAGAACAACCCCACCUAUUACUUCGCUCGCAAGGUGUGCGUCGAGUACUCUCUCAAGCUGUACCGAGCCAUUGCUACCGGAUCUCCCGCUGGCGACUCCGGGACGGCAAGCGAGUUCGACGACUUCACAAGACUCGCUACAUGUGGAUACGGCGCAUUCCGGUCCGUCCCUACUGUUGCUAUUCUGACGAUCUGUCUUGAACUCUUGUGGCAAGUCCAGGAAGACCGUUCCUUCCGGCAGAGCAUCAGCCUCGAUCAUCAGCCUGAUAGGACGGCGCCCGGCAACGAAAUGGAUGUUAACACGUCUGUUGGCAUGGGCAUUGCCAGUGGUGUCGUGCCGCUACAGGAACUGCUGGAGGCGGUCAAAUACUCCAUAGGAUGGGCCGAACGCCGCAUCAGGUGCGGCGGCGAGACCAAUGUCAAAGGCUAUCUCCUCUUCUCCACGCUGCUAUGCCAAGCCCAGGCGCUGCAGCGAGGUUCAUCGGACGCAGAAGUGGAGCGUGUGGUUAUCAACUACAUGACCGACGAGUUGCGCCGCUGCUUGCUCCUCCUGCAAGACACAGCCGGCCGUGAGACUUCCCUGGCAUCGCCUGGCAAAGCAACCAACGGCGGAAAGGCUUCGCUACCCGAGUUCAAAGGGCGGGGUGGCUCAUGGGGCUCGGAUGACGCAGUAAGGAGCCCUGAUGGCGGUGGGUCCAUGGACUAUUCCGCUGAUCCUCAGAAGGUUGAAGCCCGCGGGUUCAACUCCAUCUUCAACGUCUACGACGCGGAAUUCUUUCUCGGCACCUAG